UGGAGAUCUUUGGAAGUAAACUGACCAGUGAAAAUACUUUACUUCUGGUAAUUUUGUUUUCUCCGAUAAACAUGCUUCACUUUUGCUAAAAACCAGCGGAGCAGUUGGCGAUAUUUGUAUCCUCUCAGCCGAAAAUUUCAGCAAGACAUUGGUUGGUCUGAUUUCUGAUAUUGUAAUCUCAAAUCAAGACAUUUCGUAAAUGUAAUCAAAUUAUUUUGAGCAAAGUUGCCAAAAAUAAGCUGAAGUAAAUAAUUCAAAGACUAAAGAAAGGUUAAAGAGCCAUCGUAAAGGAGUUAUUUUAGAAUCUUCAUUCCAUAAACCAAUAUGUUCUAUACUGUGAAGCGCAUCCCCUUAGAGUGGAUCCCAAUGCAAGAUGGAACCAAACUUGCAGCUAAACUGUGGAUUCCAGAACCAAUUAAUAAAACUGACUUACCUGCAGAAGAAGGAAAAUAUCCAGCUGUACUAGAAUUUCUUCCAUAUCGCCGCAUUGACUGGACUGCUGCGAGGGAUGAAAAGAACCAUUCAUACUUCUGCUCUUAUGGCUAUGUUUGUGUCCGUGUGGACAUGCGGGGAUCUGGGGACUCAGAAGGAUUUUAUUACGAUGAAUAUGAAAAGCAAGAGCAAGAUGACUGCUGUGAUGUUAUUGACUGGAUUUCACAGCAACCAUGGUGUACUGGAGUUGUUGGUAUGUAUGGUAAAAGCUGGGGAGGAUUCAAUGGACUUCAGGUAGCUGCCAGACGACCCUGUGCACUCAAGACCAUCAUCUCUACAUAUUCCACCGAUGACCGAUAUGCUGACGACAUUCAUUACCGUGGUGGCUGUGUCCUUGGCAGGGAAAUGUUAUCUUGGGCUCACAUCAUGUUCCUAUGGAAUGCACGUCCUCCUCAUCCAGACAGCUUAGGCCCAAGAUGGAAACAAAUGUGGCUAGAUCGUCUGAACAAAUCCAGUGAACCCUGGAUACACAUUUGGCUUUCACAUCAGUCACGCGAUGCAUACUGGAAGCAUGGUUCCAUAGCUGAGGAUUACACCUCAAUAAAAUGUCCUGUGUUUCUGAUUGGUGGAUAUAGUGAUCUUUACACUGAUGCAGUAUUCCGCAUGGUGGAACAUCUUAACUGUCCUGUCCGUGCUCUCAUAGGGCCAUGGUCCCAUGCAUGGCCUGCAGAUUCUUCACCAGGGCCUCGCAUAGAUCAUCUUAAAGAGUGUGUCAGGUGGUGGGACUGUCAUUUAAAGGGCCUUUCCACUGAUGUCAUGAAGGAACCUCUAAUAAGGAUGUUCUUGAGGGAUGGAAUUUCAAUGGCACACAAGGAAGAUAUUUGGCCGGGCAGGUGGGUAGCCGAAGACUGCUGGCCCUCACCCAAUGUUCAGCUACAAGAAUUCAUACUACACAACGACCAAAGACUGGCACUAACAACAGAGAACUAUGAACAAGCCACUGGCCAAGAAUCAGUGGAAUCCAAUGUAUUUGUCAAAUCUUCAUUUCUUAGUGGAUCAUGGGGUGGUCUGCCAUUGGCUUUUAGUCUCGAUGAACUGCCAAUUGAGCAGGGAUUUGAGGACAAUUUGUCUGAGUGCUGGGAGACAGUGACGCUCAAUAAACCUACUGCUAUAGUGGGAUUUCCUGAGGUGCAUCUGCAGCUAAGUUCUGACAGGCCCUGUGCUCUGGUAGCCGCCAGGCUAUGUGAUGUGUUUCCAAACGGCGAAUCUGCACUAAUCACAAGAGGAGUGUUGAAUUUGACCCAUAUAAGUGGUCAUUCAUCAGAAGAUAUUCAGCCGCUUCAGUCUAAUAAAAACUAUCAUGCACAGUUAAAGCUUGACUCUACAGCCUACACAGUUGCUGCUGGACAUAAACUUCGCCUGUCUCUCUCCUCAGUUCACUGGCCAUAUGUUUGGCCUUCUCCACAGGUGUCAUGUCUAUCAAUACAGACAGGAAGGAGGAGCAAGCUAGUAAUUCCUGUCCGAACUGCAAAUCAAGAAGUUAGUGAAAAGGAUGCUCAGCUAAAAGACUUUGAAUUGCCUGACUAUAAACACAUCAAUUUUCCUGUUGAAUGGCAGAGGAUGCCUCAUAAGGGAAGGGAUCUUGAAAUUGGCCAGCUCUCUGACAAUUACAAACUGACUGUCACCCUGGACGAUGGAUGUUAUAAUCUGAAAGAUACAAACACCACUUAUGAUGAGAUUAAUACAGAAACUUUCACAAUUAAAGAAAGGGAUCCAAGCUCAGCCAAGGUUCACAUACAAGGGCAAGUAAUGAUGAAAAAAGAAGGUCAUACUGCUGAGCAGGAGGACAGUGGACACACUAGAUGGGACACUAGAGUCCAGGCUUCCAGCGAGAUGUGGUGUGAUGAACAGUUUUUUCAUUUGAAAAGUCAAUUGACAGCUUGGCACUGCAAUGAAGAAUGUUUUGAUAAGACAUGGACAAAGAAAAUAGAACGAUUUUAUGUUAUUGCAGGUAUGUAUGGUAAAAGCUGGGGAGGAUUCAAUGGCCUUCAAGUAGCUGCCAGACAACCUACAGCAUUGAAGACAAUCAUAUCUGCUGACUCUAGUGAUGACCGAUACGCUGAUGAUAUUCAUUACCGAGGUGGCUGUAUUCUUGGCAGGGAAAUGUUAUCAUGGUCACAUCUCAUGAUGUUAUAUAAUGCGCGUCCUCCCUAUCCUGAGAACUUUGGGCCAAGAUGGAAGGAAGCUUGGCUGGAUCGCCUAAACAAAUCCAGUGAACCCUGGAUACACAUUUGGCUUUCACAUCAGUCACGUGAUGCAUACUGGCAGCAUGGUUCCAUUUCUGAGGAUUACGCCUCCAUCAGGUGUCCCGUGUUCCUUGUGGGAGGAUUUACUGAUCUCUAUACCGAUGCUAUAUUUCGUAUGGUGGAACAUCUGAAGUGCCCAGUUCGAGCGCUCAUUGGACCGUGGCCUCAUAAAUGGCCUGGUGUGUCCACGCCAGGGCCUCGUAUAGACCACAUAAAAGAGUGCUUGAGGUGGUGGGACUACCAUUUAAAGGGCCUUCCAACCGGUGUCAUGGACGAGCCUGUGAUGAGGGUGUACAUGAGGGAUGGCAUUUCGAAGGCGCACCAGAAGGAGAUAUGGCCAGGGAGAUGGAUAGCAGAAGAAUGCUGGCCCUCACCAAAUGUACACCAACACGAAUUUUUCCUACAAACUGAUAGGGGACUGGCAGUUGCAUCGGAUAGAGACGAAAAAAUCAUUGAAAAAGAGCCAACAGAAUCCAUUGUACCAGUCAAGUCCUCGUAUCUCAGUGGAGCGUGGGGCGGUUUUCUUUUUGCAAAUGGUCUCGAGGAUCUGCCGGUGGAGCAGGGAAAAGAGGACGUUUUGGCGGAGUGCUGGGAGACGAAAACGCUUAAAGAGCCUGUAUCAGUAGUAGGCUUUCCCGAGGUUUAUUUACAGAUAAGCUGUGAUAGACCCAGUGCUCUGGUAGCCGCCAGACUUUGUGACGUGUUUCCUAAUGGCGAAUCAGUGCUAAUCACAAGAGGAGUGCUAAACUUGACUCAUCUCCGCGGUCAUGCUUCAGAAGAUAUUCAACCUCUUCAACCCAAUGAAAACAUCCAUGCGCAGUUAAAGCUUGACUCUACAGCCUACACUGUUGCCGCUGGUCAUAAAAUUCGCCUGGCGCUCUCCUCAGUCCAAUGGCCGUUAGUGUGGCCUUCUCCCCAGUCCUCAAGUCUCUUUAUAAAGACAGGAAGUCAAAGCAAGCUACUACUUCCAGUUCGAGCAUCAAGUGAAGACGUUAGAAAUAGGGAUUCAAAGUUGCAAUUGCAAGAGAUGAAAUCAACGAUGGAGUAUAAACACGAGGUUCUUCCUUUUGAGUGGCGGAGAAGACCAAAGAAAGCAAGGACGCUGGAGACAUGUCAGUUGUCAGAUGAAUACAAGCUGUCAUUUACCACUGACCUUGGAUGUUUUCAUCUGAAAGAGACGAACCGCAUCUAUGAUAGCAUCAGAAAAGAAAUAUUUACGAUCAAAGAAGGCGACCCAACCACUGCUAAGGUGACAAUACAAGGCCAGGUUGCAUUAAAGAAAGAGGAUCAGAUCGCUGAGCAGGGAAACAGUAGGCGCAAAAGGUGGGAAACAAUGGUCCAGGCUUCGAGCGAGAUGUGGUGUGAUGAGCAGUUCUUUUAUGUGAAAAAUCAGUUAACAGCUUGGCACAACAGUAAAGAGUGCUUUGAUAGGAUAUGGACAAAGAAAAUAGAACGCUUUUAUGUGUAAAAGAUACUUCAAUUGCGAAAUUGAAAUCAAACUUGGAAU